AUGUCGCCAAUAAUAUGCAUUGGAGUUCUCUGCAUUCCAUCCCCACAGGAUUGGAACAAAAAACACCUUUCGCUGUCAACUACUCGUCAAACUAUCCGCAACCGUCUACCUCACGGUUUUCAUAAAUUUUCGCCUGCUCUAUUCAACGUAAUGCCUGCCAUGACCAUGUCUGCAGUACACCCUGCCCUUAGAGCAUCAUCUCCGAUGCCAUACGUUUCUUCGCCCCUUGCUGCAUCGUCAUUGAAUGCCCCGCCAGGCUCGUCGAGAGCAUUGCCUAUGCGACCGUCGUUCCCUCACUCUCGCCCUUUGCGACCAUUUGUUUCAAUAUCACAAAGUACUUCCUCGCGCUCAUCAAAAAAACCCGUCAAGUUCAUAGAGCCACCAAAGAACUCCAAGACAGUCUUCGUACUUGACUUGACCCAGGGAGAGCUGAGCAGACAGGAUUGA